AUGGAAAGAGAAGACUUGAUCCAGCUAUGGAUGGCUCAAGGAUUUCUCUGUUCUUCUCUGAACAAAGAUAUGGAGGAUAUAGUUCAUGAAUAUUUUACGAUUCUGUCACAAAACUCCCUCUUUCAAGAAGUUGAAAGAAGCUAUCCCCCCUUUGGUAUAUUUAUUAAAUGCAAGAUGCACCAUCUUGUACAUGAUCUUGCUAAGCUUGUAUCAAGAUCUGAAACAGAAGAUAAACUUGAGAAUCAACACGUGGCAUGGGAUCCUUCCAAAAGUUUGAAAGAAAUGUUAAGAAACGGCGGUCACUGUUUGGCUGAUAUUGAGGAGCUACCAAGUUCAAUUGGCGUCUUGAUACAUUUGAGGUAUUUGAACGUUUCUCAAACAAAAAUCAAAGAACUCCCUAAGUCUAUUGGCAAGCUUUAUAACCUACAAACGUUAAGAAUGAAGGAUACAUGGAAUCUUGAAACGUUUUCAAAGGAAAUGAAAAUUUUGAUCAACUUGAGACAUGUUUAUUUCCAUCGUCGUGAUGAGCCAGUUCCAUUUGGGAUGGGACGAUUGAAACAUCUGCAAACAAUAUCUCCUGUUUUUACUUUGGACAAGGAAAGUAAUCGUAGUAGAAUUGACGAGCUGGGUGGCUUAAACCAAUUAAAAGGUGAACUAAUUAUUAGCGGUUUGGAACAUGUGAGGGACAGAGGCCAAGCAAGGGCAUCAAAUUUAGUUGGGAAAGCACAUCUACGAAGGUUGACAUUAGAAUGGGGGGAGUAUGACGAGGAAAGAAAAGAGAAAGACAAUGAUGUACUAGAAUGCCUCCGGCUCAACUCUGUGUUAGAAUUCUUAAAGAUUGACAGAUUCGUGGGUUCUAAAUUAGCAUCAUGGAUGAUGCCUGCUUUCGAAGGGUGGCCUAAGCUCAAGUCUCUGCAGCAACAACAAAUUCAACACUGCACUUGUCUACAAGUAGUGUCCAUAGUCUCUUUCGACAGCGUGGAGGCUCUUCCAGAGUGGUUGGGUAACCUUACAUCUCUUACCACCCUGAGUAUCCGUCGGUGUAAGAAUCUGGUGUCUCUUCCUUACAUUGAAGUUAUGCAACGCCUCACCAAACUAAAAAAGCUAGUGAUUGAUACAUGUCCCUGUCUAGGGGGAAUAUCCACCCUCAAGAACGGCCCAGAAUGGCACAAGAUUUCUCACAUCCCACGUAUAGAUGAAGGAUCUUACGCAAUUGGAAGAACAAAUAAUGCGCAUUAG